AUGGCUGAACCGUCGAAGUCUGCAGCGGGUGCACCCGCGAAAGCAUCAGCGGGUGUACCCGCGGAAACACCCGCGGGUGUUCCGGCAGGGCGCGGAGCCGGACGGGGUGCUGGGAGAGGAGCAGCAGCGGCAGAUACGUUCACCGGACGGGGUCGAGGCAGCACGGGUAUCGGUCGAGGCGACGUCACGACGGUCGGUCGAGGUGUGCCAGUCGCGGGAGCCGCCCGGGGGAACCUCGCGAACGGCCAGGCGGAACCGGCGCGGCAGAUCGGCGCACCGCAUGUGUUUCCGCGCAUGGGCCGCGGGGACAUUCGGCGCGCGUACACGCUCGGGCGGGAGUUGGGGAAAGGCGGAGGCGGCGUGGUGCGCGAAUGCCUGGACCCGCUGACUGGCCAGCCCGUGGCGGCCUGCAAAACCAUUCCCAAGACGAAGCUCCAGUGCUUUUGCGAUCGGGAAGUGUAUUUCCCCGCCGUCCCUUGCUCAGACCUAUCACCGCAAUCCUUAGCCCGACUCACCGGCUUGCAAGCUGACACGCUCAACUGCUCAACCCCCCCACCCGCGUUCCCCCUCAUCUCCUCCCCCAACUCCUUUCCCCGUCCCUACCUCCCCCAUUUCCUGCAAUUUCUCCUCCUCCUUCCAAUUCCCCCAAUUCCUCCGCCUUACCCCAAGUCUUCCAAUUCCUCCGCUUUUCCCCAAUUCCGCCGCCUUCCCCAGCGCCCGGACCUGGUGGAGGAGCUCCGCGCAGAGGUGGCGGCGAUGCGGCGGCUGGCGGGGCACGCGCACGUGGUGCGCCUUCUCGCCGUGUACGAGGACGACCACGCGGUGCACGUGGUCAUGGAGCUCUGCACUGGCGGUGACUUGUACGAUCUGCUCACGGCUGCCACCACGCUUCCAGAGCCGAUCGCCGCGCAGCUGACGAGUCAAAUCCUGAAGGCGCUAAGUCACUGCCAUCGCAACGGCAUCCUGCAUCGUGAUAUCAAGCCGGAGAACAUCUUAUUAGCGAACCCGGUAGCGGUACAAGACGGACAGGUCGCAUUCAUCGACGCUGCUGUACCCGCUACAGCAGCAACAGCGAAAACGGAAGGCGAAGCGGUUUCUACAGUACCAGCAUCUGAUUCUUACGCGGAAGAUGAAAUUAUGCAAGAUGUGACUGUAAGCGACGGGCCUGUAAGCAGCACUGUAGCAUGUGCAGGUGGCGCUUUCGGUGACUCGGCUAGCCCCUCUACAAGCACUUUUAGUACGAGCGUAAUCAGCAGUACACCCAGUAGCAUGUUAAUGUCAUCUGGUAGCGCCAGCACCGCCAGCAGCAGCUUUGGGGCGAGGGGAGGUCUGCUGGGGGAAGGGGGGCGCGGAGCAGGGGAAGGGGACGGGGAGGAGGAGGGGGACAGGGCGGAAGGCGCGGGGAGCACCCUGCAUGUUAAGCUUGCGGAUUUCGGACUGUCUGUUAUGCUUAAAACGGGGCAGCUUGCAGUGGGUAUGCAUGGCAGCAACGUGUAUAUGGCACCAGAGGUAGUGUGCAGGAAACCGUACGGUCUGGCCAUUGAUCUAUGGGGACUUGGAGUUAUCCUCUUUACAGCGCUCUCCGGUUACAUGCCGUUUUGGGGUAACACGGAUGAAGAGCUUUUCGUCCGUAUCCUGCGCGGCCGCCCGGAUUACACCAGCGAUCCGUGGCCGUCGAUCAGCGCGGAGGCGAAGGAUCUGGUCCAUCGGUUGCUCACCAUUGAUCCGCCACGCCGGAUCACCGCUGACGUGGCGCUGCAGCACCCGUGGAUCUUGAAGCAUUGCGGCGCAUCUGCACCGUCCAUUCCAGCAUCUCUGGGCGAGCCUGCUGGCGUCAAUCCCAAGGCACCUGCUCACACGUCUCUUACUACUGGGGUUCACUCGACCUCCAUAAAUGCCCCAUCUUGUGGGGAUUCAACUUUCUCUGCUGCUCCGUCUCCUGCUCAUUCAGCUGCUGCUGGUAUUUCCGUGUCAGCGGCUGCUGCGCCUACUGCUGCGGCUCCAACUGCUGCUCCUGCUGGUGCUGCUGCCGAAGCUGCCGCUGCUGCUGGUGGUGCUUCCGCAGCAGCUGCUCCUGCCUCUCGCAGAGCACCCUCCCCCAUUCGCCGCCAGCCCUCGCCCAUCCGCCGACCGCCUUCACCUGCCAAGCGACCAGCCUCCCCAUCCAGGCGUGGCACCGCUACUGCUGCACCUGCUGCUGCUGCUGCCGCCACCGGUGCUGCUGGUGCCAGAGCGACUGCUGCUACUCCUGCUGCUGCUCCUGCCAGAGCUGCUUCUGCGAACGCAUCUGCAGUCUCACCGCGCUACCCCUCCAAGACACGCCCUGCAACCACCCAAGUGGCCGCUGCCAGAGCUUCAGCUGCUGCUGCUGCCCGCGCUGCUGCAAGAGGUGCCGCUGCUGCUCCCGCACCCGCCACUGCUGCUCCUGCACCCGCUGCUGCUGCUGCUGCGCAUUCAAUGAAGGCGCCUGGUGCGCCCACGACACCACUGUUGCCCAGCCGCACUAGGGCAAACGUGCUGGCUGGUGGUAAAGGCGCUGCUCGUGGUGCCGCUGCCGGUGGUGCUUGUGGAAAGGGGUUUGGUGGUGUUGAUGUGCACAUGCACGUGGAUACGAACGCUCACAAGCAGCAGGAGCAGCAACAGCAGCAGCAGCAGCAGCAGAGGCGGAAUCAUGAGUCAAGGUCUUCCCCCGCUCAUUCUCCCACCAUCUCCUCCGCUUCCUCUGCUGCCUCCUGUCCCACGCCCUUCACUCUCCCACACUCCGCCGCCCUUCCCACUCCCCAUCCCCCUCAUACCGCCGCUGCUCCUCUGGGAUCAUCUAUGGAAGCCGUUUCGCUUCCAGUGCCCAUGGCUGCUGUGCCUCACUCAGCGACAUUCACUGCUGCUUCCCUCCCAGCUGCCAUCACCGUCCGCCCUUCAUUUGUCAAGCCCAUGCCUCCGCCUUCGCAGCUCGUUUUGGCCGCACCUCCCCCAGCGGCUUUGGCCGCACCCCACGCAUCUGCUUUGGCCGCACCUGCCAUGACAGGUUCGGAACCAGCCUUGGCAGGUGCGUCAGCCCCUGCAGUAUCCGUGCCUGUGGUGUGCGGUGGUAGUGGAGCAGCUGUGGAUGCUGGUGCAGCUGCAGGUGCAGAGCAAACCGCUGCACCUGUGGUGCAUCCCUCUCUGUUCUCCUCUCCUGGUUCUUCUGCUGCAGAAGCAGCAGGAGCGCCAGCAGCAUCAAGAGUGCCUGCAGCAGUCACGGUUGCAACAGCAACAGAAUCCCCAGCGCCGUUUCAGCCCAUCGGUCCCAUGUCUGUUGAUCAUCCGUUUUCUGUCUCGUUUCCAGCUGCAGCGGCAGCACCACUGUCACACAUGCCCACCCCACCUGCGUCUGCCCAAGAUCAGCCUACCCCACAUGAUCCCACGUCCACCGGUUCUGCUGCUGGGGCUGAAGCUGCUAUCGAGCCGCUUAGGCGCGCCCCUAGAGCACACAAGGGCCGCACGGGGGUGUUCCGAGUGUCGUCCGGCAGGAGAAGAGACGGCACCCAUGCAGCUGCUGCCCCGGCCCCCUCUGCUCCUGCUCCUGGUACCGCUGCCACUGGUGCUGCUGGUGCAGGUGCUUCUGGUGGUGGUGGUGGGUCCUUUGGUUCUGCCAGUGGAGCCAUGGCCAGUGCUACCAGCAAGCUCGCCUCUCUCUUCUCCUUGGGUGCUGCUCCGGCAGCCAAGGCUCGGAAGAACGCCGCCGGAGCUGGCGUUUCAGGCUCGGGAGCGCCAGGUUCGGGGACGUCUGCGUUGUUCCGAGCCAGGCCGUCGGGCCUGAGCAGUCCGUUCACGUUCUUCUCGCCGAAGAGAAAGAUCCGAAAGUCGCAAGUGGUUGUGAACAGUGCUGCGGCUGCGGGGACGGCGGUGGCGGCGGGCGGCGGUACUUGGGGAACAGAUAUGGCCGUGGAUGGGACGUGUGGGCAUUUGGAGGAGGGGGAGGAGGAGGAUGAGGAGGAAGAGGAAGAAGAGUUGGAGGAGGGAGAGGGUGAGGGAGAGCAGGAGCAGCAGGAGGGUGAGGUGGGAGGCAAAGCAGGUUUGGCUGGGUACAACAGCGCCGUGCUGAGUGCAGCAGCUGCUGCUGUGCUGCACACCCACUUGAACGGCCAGGAUGACAAGCUGCAGCAGGAGAAUCACCAUCCGCACCCUCACCAGCCUUGGCAGAGGAAUGGGAUGAUCGGCAGCCUCGGCAGCACCGGAGCUGCAAGCAGCGUUGGCACCAUUGCAGAGUUCCGGGCCCGGCUGUCCCCGGCCGUCACUCUUGACCGAACCGCCGCUCCCGAGCCUGUGGCGGUGUAUUCGAGCACUGGAAACGUGCUGCCAGCUGUCAGCGCAGCAUUGGCUACAGGUCAAGCAAGGGAGAAUGUGGAAGCAGAGGGUGGGAUGGAGAGAGGAGGGAUGGAAGUUGAUGGAGGGACAUGUGAAGGAGGCAUGUCGGAUGUUGUGACCGCCUUCUCAAUUCUCAGGACUAACUCUACACAUGGCGCUGCUGCUGCACUAUCAGCAGAAGCACCACAAGCAGUUAGAGAGGCCACUGGUGUAGCUACUGCUAGUGGCAAACCAGAGGCACUUGCAGGCCAAAUGCUUUUCAGUCCCCGCGUACCCAUUCUCCCCAUUCGCUACUCCAGCGCUCUUCCAACCGCACCCCCUGCUCCCCCAGAAUACCCGUUUCCUCCGCUCCCCUCGCUUCCCCCGUUGCUCCCCCUCACCCUCCAUCCGAUUCAUCCACCCCUCGGCUCGAUUCAUCCGCCCCUUCUCCUUCCGCCAUUUCAAUCACACUUCCAUUCUUUCACUCUCUCCCUCUUCCUCUCCACCUCCUCCAGGAUUAGCCUCCGGUCGAGCCGCGUCCUUAGCGGACGGCGAGUGGUGACGGCGGAGCGGUCUGCGGUAGCUGCGCGCGUGCAGGCAGUGGCGGAGCUGUUCCCGUCCGUGGAGGGCGCGGAGGACGCCGGGGAAGCGGAGGAGGCUGACGUGGCACCGGUGAAGGCGAAGACGGGGAAGAAGGCGCUUGUGUUUAAGAGGGACCAGACCCGGUCGAAGCGUUUUCUGGAGAUCCAGAAGCUGCGCGACCGCAACAGCGAGUACGAGCCGGUGGAGGCGCUUGAGAUCGUCAAGGCGACGGCUUCCGUCAAGUUUGACGAGUCCGUCGAGGCGCACUUCCGCCUGAACAUCGACCCGAAGUACGCCGACCAGCAGCUGCGCGCCACGGUUUCUUUGCCCAAGGGAACCGGUCAGGUGGUUCGCGUUGCCGUCCUCACUCAAGGAGAGAAGCAGAGGGAGGCGACGGACGCGGGGGCGGACGUGGUGGGCGCGGAGGAUCUGAUUGAGCGCAUUGCGGGCGGCUUUCUCGAGUUCGACAAGCUCGUCGCCACCCCUGACAUGAUGCCCAAGGUGGCGCGUCUGGGUCGUCUGCUGGGUCCACGUGGCCUCAUGCCCAACCCCAAGGCCGGCACCGUCACCACCGACCUUGCUUCGGCGGUGGUGGACUUCAAGGCGGGCAAGGUGGAGUACCGGGCGGACAAGACUGGCAUCGUGCACGUGCUCUUCGGCAAGGCCUCCUUCUCCAACGAAGACCUCCUCACCAACCUCGUUGCCGUCGCUAACUCUGUGGAUGCGAAUCGCCCACCAGGCGCCAAGGGAGUGUACUGGAAGACUGCUUACAUCUGCGCAACAAUGGGCCCGUCUGUGCGUGUAAAUGUGUCGGCCUUGAGGGACUUCAAGCUGCCCACUGCCUCAUCGUAA